AUAGUGUGUCUAAACGUCACUGCCCGGACAGCCAUACUUCCUACACAGGAAGUGGCUAUCACUUACAACACCACCAUUGGGGAGCGCCGAUUCAACCCCAGAGCCAUAAUGGACGACCCUGAUAAACUGCUGUUUCGAAACCUGACCCUGCUUUCUGGAGAGGAGACCUGUCAACACAUCUACUUCCAUGUCAUGGAGACCACGGACUAUGUGAGGCCCAUCGUGUUCACUGUGGCAGUGGCACUGCAGGAUCCCGACCAGGGCCCUGCGCUGGACGACACCUGGCCCACCACCUUCAGGACUGAGCUUCCCUUCUGGAAUGGCUGUGAUGAGGACGACCGCUGUACACCAGGCCUGUCCUUACAGAGUACAACUGACCUGCUGUCUUGGAGGCAGUUCUGUGGGAAUGCAGUCCACUCCAGGGGUGCGAUGUGUCGACGUCUGUCCGAAGGAGGGGCGGAGGGGUCAGAGCGAGUGAUGGAGGGAUCGAGGAGGAGGAUGGUGGUGGACGUUCGUCUGGAGAAUAGAGGAGAAAACGCCUACGGAGCCCGCCUCAACAUCACCUACACUCCUAACCUUCGAUUCUCUAGUCUCAUAGUCAAG